GCCGCCGCCGCCGCAGCAGCAGCAGCAGCAGCAGCAGCCGCCGCCCCAGGCCCCCCCCAUGGAGCCCGAGGCCCCGGAUUCCCGCAAGCGGCCCCUCGAAACGCCGCCCGAGGUGGUCUGCACCAAGCGCAGCAACACCGGAGAGGAAGGCGAGUACUUCCUGAAGGUGCUGAUCCCCAGCUAUGCGGCAGGCUCCAUCAUCGGCAAGGGCGGCCAAACCAUCGUCCAGCUACAGAAGGAGACGGGCGCCACCAUCAAACUCUCCAAGUCCAAAGACUUUUACCCAGGAACCACGGAGCGUGUAUGCCUGGUGCAGGGCACGGCAGAGGCCUUAAACGCCGUGCAUAGCUUUAUAGCUGAAAAAGUCCGAGAAAUCCCCCAAGCAAUGACCAAGCCUGAGGUGGUUAACAUCCUUCAACCCCAAACCACGAUGAACCCCGACAGAGCCAAGCAGGCCAAGCUGAUCGUCCCCAACAGCACGGCGGGCCUGAUCAUCGGCAAGGGCGGCGCCACGGUCAAGGCGGUGAUGGAGCAGUCGGGCGCGUGGGUGCAGCUGUCGCAGAAGCCCGAGGGCGUCAACCUGCAGGAGCGCGUGGUGACGGUGAGCGGCGAGCCCGAGCAGGUGCACAAGGCGGUGGGCGCCAUCGUGCAGAAGGUCCAGGAGGACCCGCAGAGCAGCAGCUGCCUCAACAUCAGCUACGCCAACGUGGCGGGCCCCGUGGCCAACUCCAACCCCACCGGCUCGCCCUACGCCAGCCCGGCCGACGUGCUGCCCGCGGCCGCCGCCGCCUCGGCCGCCGCCGCCGCCGCCUCGGGGCUGCUGGGGCCCGCGGGCCUGGCCGGGGUGGGCGCCUUCCCUGCCGCGCUGCCCGCCUUCUCGGGCACCGACCUGCUGGCCAUCAGCACGGCGCUCAACACGCUGGCCAGCUACGGCUACAACACCAACUCGCUGGGCCUGGGGCUCAACUCGGCCGCCGCCUCGGGCGUCCUGGCCGCCGUGGCCGCGGGCGCCAACCCCGCCGCCGCCGCCGCCGCCAACCUGCUGGCCUCCUACGCGGGCGACGCGGCCGCCGGCCCGGCCGGGCCCGCCGCGCCGCCGCCGCCGCCGCCGCCCGGCGCGCUCGGCUCCUUCGCGCUGGCCGCCGCGGCCAACGGCUACCUGGGCACGGCCGGCGCGGGCGGCGGCGGGGCCGGGGCCGGGCCCGGCGCCGGCCCGGGGCUGGUGGCGGCGGCCGCGGCGGCCGCGGGCGCGGCGGGCGGCUUCCUGACGGCGGAGAAGCUGGCGGCCGAGAGCGCCAAGGAGCUGGUGGAGAUCGCGGUGCCCGAGAACCUGGUGGGCGCCAUCCUGGGCAAGGGGGGCAAGACGUUGGUGGAGUACCAGGAGCUGACGGGCGCGCGCAUCCAGAUCUCCAAGAAGGGGGAGUUUCUGCCCGGCACGCGGAACCGGCGGGUCACCAUCACGGGCAGCCCCGCGGCCACGCAGGCCGCUCAAUACCUCAUCAGCCAGCGGGUGACCUACGAGCAGGGCGUGCGGGCGUCCAACCCGCAGAAAGUGGGAUGAGGCGGCUGCCGGGGUGCGCGCCCCCGGCCCUCCUUCUGGUCCCCCGGCCCCCUGCCUCCAGGUCCCUCUGCGCCUCCUCCUCCUCCUCCUCCUCCUCCUCGCUCCCUUCUUCUCCUGACCUCCGCUCUUGGGGACAGGCCUCGCGGCUGCACCCCAUCUUCUGGUAGUCGUAGGCAGGGAUGGAUUGAUUGAGUGCUGGCUGGGC